CAGACGAGACACUAUAAAAUCUGCCAGAUACAAGCCUAGCCUGUCGCCGCAGAAGGCUUCCAGGGUUGGCCAUAUUCCAGGAUACAAGCUGUUACCCAAAGGCACCUCUGCUGACAAGCUUUCAUUAGAGGACAGCCAUGGCCUCUGGAGAUGCUGAGAUGGCUGUUUUUGGGGAGGCGGCUCCUUACCUCCGAAAAUCGGAGAAGGAGAGAAUUGCAGCCCAGAACAAACCUUUUGAUGCCAAGUCAUCUGUCUUCGUGGCUCAUCCCAAAGAAUCCUUUGUGAAAGGGACAAUCCAGAGCAGGGAAUCAGGAAAAGUCACUGUCAAGACUGAAGGGGGAGAGACCUUGACCGUGAAGGAUGACCAAGUCUUCUCCAUGAACCCUCCCAAGUAUGACAAAAUCGAGGACAUGGCCAUGAUGACCCACCUGCAUGAACCCGCUGUGCUGUACAACCUCAAAGAGCGUUACGCAGCCUGGAUGAUCUACACCUACUCGGGUCUCUUCUGUGUCACUGUCAACCCCUACAAGUGGCUGCCGGUGUACAACCCCGAGGUGGUGUUGGCCUACCGAGGCAAGAAGCGCCAGGAGGCCCCUCCACACAUCUUCUCCAUCUCUGACAACGCCUAUCAGUCCAUGCUGACUGAUCGUGAGAACCAGUCCAUCCUGAUCACCGGAGAAUCCGGGGCCGGGAAGACUGUGAACACCAAGCGUGUCAUCCAGUACUUUGCAACAAUUGCAGCCAGUGGAGACAAGAAGAAGGAAGAACAUGCAUCAGGCAAAAUGCAGCAGGAGGCCAAGGCAGAGCUGCAGCGAGCCCUGUCCAAGGCAAAUGGUGAAGUGGCCCAGUGGAGAACCAAAUAUGAGACGGAUGCGAUUCAGCGCACAGAGGAGCUCGAGGAGGCCAAGAAGAAGCUGGCCCAGCGCCUGCAGGACGCAGAGGAGCAUGUUGAGGCUGUCAAUGCCAAAUGUGCCUCCCUGGAAAAGACAAAGCAGAGGCUGCAGAAUGAAGUGGAGGACCUGAUGAUUGAUGUGGAGAGAUCCAAUGCUGCCUGUGCUGCUCUGGAUAAGAAGCAGAAGAACUUUGACAAGAUCCUGGCAGAAUGGAAGCAGAAGUAUGAGGAAACGCAGGCUGAGCUGGAGGCCUCGCAGAAGGAGUCGCGCUCUCUGAGCACGGAGCUGUUCAAGAUGAAGAAUGCCUAUGAGGAGUCCUUGGACCACCUGGAAACAAUGAAGCGGGAGAACAAGAACUUGCAGCAGGAGAUUUCCGACAUCACGGAGCAGAUUGCAGAGGGAGGAAAGGCGAUUCAUGAGCUGGAGAAAGUGAAGAAGCAGAUUGAGCAGGAGAAAUCUGAACUGCAAGCCUCCCUGGAGGAAGCUGAGGCCUCCCUGGAACAUGAGGAGGGGAAGAUCCUACGCCUGCAGCUUGAGCUCAACCAAGUGAAGUCUGAGAUCGACAGGAAGAUAGCAGAGAAAGAUGAGGAGAUUGAUCAGAUGAAGAGAAACCACCUGCGAGUCGUGGACUCAAUGCAGAGCACCCUGGAUGCUGAGAUCAGGAGUAGGAAUGAAGCCCUGAGGCUGAAGAAGAAGAUGGAGGGAGACCUGAAUGAAAUGGAGAUCCAACUGAGCCAUGCCAACCGCCAGGCUGCUGAGGCACAGAAGAACCUGAGAAACACCCAGGCAGUGCUCAAGGACACUCAGCUGCACUUGGAUGAUGCUGUGAGAGCACAGGAUGACCUGAAGGAGCAGGUGGCCAUGGUGGAGCGCAGAGCAAACCUGCUGCAGGCUGAAGUUGAGGAGCUCCGGGCAGCCCUGGAGCAGACGGAGCGGUCAAGGAAAUUGGCUGAGCAGGAGCUUCUGGAUGCAAGUGAGAGAGUUCAGCUCCUCCAUAGCCAGAACACCAGUCUGAUCAAUACCAAGAAGAAGCUGGAAACAGAUAUUUCCCAGAUCCAGAGUGAAAUGGAGGAUACCAUCCAGGAAGCCCGCAAUGCUGAGGAGAAGGCCAAGAAGGCCAUCACAGAUGCGGCCAUGAUGGCAGAAGAGCUGAAGAAGGAGCAGGACACCAGUGCCCACCUGGAGAGGAUGAAGAAGAACCUGGACCAGACAGUGAAGGACCUGCAGCACCGUCUGGAAGAGGCCGAGCAGCUGGCACUGAAGGGAGGGAAGAAGCAGAUCCAGAAGCUGGAGGCCAGGGUGCGGGAGCUGGAAGGGGAGGUUGAUGCUGAGCAGAAGCGCAGCGCUGAAGCCGUGAAGGGUGUGCGCAAGUACGAGCGCAGGGUGAAGGAACUCACCUACCAGUCUGAGGAAGACAGGAAGAAUGUGCUGAGGCUGCAGGAUUUGGUGGACAAGCUGCAAAUGAAAGUGAAAUCCUACAAGAGACAAGCUGAGGAGGCUGAGGAGCUGUCCAAUGUCAACCUGUCCAAGUUCCGCAAGAUCCAGCACGAGCUGGAGGAGGCCGAGGAGCGGGCUGACAUUGCAGAGUCACAGGUCAACAAGCUCCGAGCCAAGAGCCGCGAGAUUCAUAAGAAGAUAGAAGAAGAGGAAUGAGGUUCCCAAGAUUAAAAAGUGACCUGAGGCAUGCAUAAAGUGUAAACCUCUGUGUUGCUUUCUUUAGUAAUUAUCAUUUAUGUCUAGGUAAUAAAGAGAGUAGAGACCCUUGCAUAUGAA